AUGGAUGAUGGUGUAAAUAUAGCAAGCACUUUGCUGAGUAGAUCGCAUCAUGGAGAAUGUGAUAUUGUGAUGUCUUUUAUUUUAGUGCCUAGCAUUUUGCAUCCACUUCCAAAAGUGUUAGUUUAUCAUGUGAUUUGCAAUAUAAUACCUAUUAUUCUGGAUAUUGGAGGCUGGGAGGGUGAUGAAACUGUUGAGGAGGCAGCAGCAAGGGAAGCUACAGAAGAAGCUGGAGUUCGAGGGGUCUUAAUGGGAUUUCUUGGGUAUUACCACUUCAAGAGCAAAACCCGUCAAGAUGAAUGUAGCCCAGAAGGUGUCUGUAAAGCAGCAAUGUUUUCUUUGCUCGUCAAGGAAGAGCUUGAAUCGUGGCCAGAACAGAACACUAGAAGAAGAAAUUGGCUAGCCAUACCUAAAGCAGUAGAGUGUUGUCGACAUCCAUGGAUGAGAGAUGCACUAGUAGAAGGCUUCUCUAAGUGGCAUGAUGAGAAGAUAGAUAGAGGAAAAGAGUUCUCGGAUCAAGAUUAA